CUCAAGCUGAGCGGCACGACCCGGCGUUGCCUCUGCAGCCCAACUCUGACUUCAACCGAUAUCUCUCACAGCUCCAUUGGAGGAGAGAGAGAGAGAAAGAGAGAGAGAAGAGAGAGAGGAUGGGAUUCUUCACCUUCACCGUUGCCGGCGGAGGCUUCAUUCUGAUCGGGGCGGUCGAAUCCUUGACAGCAUCGAAUUCACCAUCAACCUCGUUAGCUGCCACUGAUCCCACGUUGACCCCAGACUCGUCUUCCCCUGUCGCCCCAUCAAAACCCAAGAUCGGCCAUGCCCCGAUGAGUUCGGCGUCCUUGUCUUUCUUCAUCGCCUCGGUUCUGUCAUCUCUGUUCAUCCUCGACUCCCUGAUCUCCUUCUUCGCCGCCCUCAACUCCCACGACGGGGUCGGCUUUGCCCUGCAGCUCCAGUCCUGCGCCGUCUCCGCCCUCUUCCUCCUCUACUCCGUGCUGGGUCUCUCGACUUACUGGGCGAAGUCGUUCCCUUUACCGUCGAAGCUGCUGAAUUCGAUACUCCUGUUCGCCUUCGCGGAGGAGUUCCUGCUGUUCUAUCUCCAGAGAAAGGACGCCAGCGGGAUCGAGAACAGGUACUUCGAUCUCAUGCUCGUGCCCAUCACUGCCUGCACAUUCUCUACAAUUCUCGAACUGAAAUCCCCAAAAGCCAAGAUUUUCGCGAGAUUGGGACGCGGGGUCGGGCUGAUCCUUCAGGGGACGUGGUUCCUGCAAAUGGGUGUGUCCUUCUUUACCGAUUUCGUUGCGCACGGGUGCUCGCUGCACGAGAAGAGCCGGGGUAAUUACACUAUCAGGUGUAAGGGGCACCCCGAGUACCACCGGGCCAGGGCAAUUGCGACGCUGCAGUUCAAUUGCCAUCUUGCUCUCCUCGUGGCUCUGACUGCCGGGGCCUAUUCCAUUUACGCACAGAGACAUGGCAUUCGAAGGGAAGACUUGAGGUACAGGCCUCUAGGAGAAGAUGUUCGGGAUUUUGGCGGUAAUGCCCAGUUUACUUUGGUAUCGGAUGAGGAUGAUGUCGAUAGUGAUGGGAUUAGAGAAGAGGAGAGCGUGGGAAAGAACAAGGAUGGUGGUGCAGGUGCUGGUGGGGCAGUGGAGAUGAGUGUAAAUGGGCAUGGUUCUCAUCAUUAAUUGAUACUUAUAGUGAGCUUACGGGGUUUUUGACCGAUUUUUGCAUCAGUUUAGUUUGUUGUUCUCGAGCAGAAUACCCGGGUUUAUUGUGUACAAAUGAAGUAUUGUAGCAUCCUUGAAUUGGGUUUUACUUUGUGGAAGAAAAGCAUCUGCUUUGUAGUUAUACAUUAUCAAUGGCUAUUGGAUUCGAUCAUUGUUUGCAUUA